ACACUCACUAGUCACUGCCUGAAGCAGUAAUCGGACAACUCUCUUUCUCACUAGGACUGGGUCUCCUGAGAUACCGUGCGGGGCUCCAUGGGUUCCAACACCUAAAAUGAAAAAGAAAAAAGUAGUCUUGUAGUUUACAUUUAUUGUGCUACAGAUUCUACCAACACCUGAAGAACAGUUUUAGAAAGCUUGUUGUCCGUUCUGCUGGACUGAACGAUCUUUCUGUAGAAGAUUUUUUUUUAAAGAAGGGAUAAACACACAGGGAUUCAACCAUAAUUGUAGGAGAGAUCGAGGGCUCUCUGCCUGGCUGCGGAGUGCAGCAGCAGUGUGCACAAGCAGGAGUGGUCGGCGGUGGCAGUGGCAUUGUUUGCCCAAGGCCUGAUGCCUUCCGUCUAGCCGGCCGAACCCUUGUCCUCUUCUCUCAAAGAGGAGAUUGAAAAUGGUGAAAGACACAGAGGGAUAAUUGAUCCAGCCUCACUGAUGCAGCUAUUUGUGAGGAAGAAGGAGAGGGGGAAGAGGGCGCGAGAGAAAGAAAUAGGAAAUAGGGGACCUCCUAUUAAGUAGCCCAUACUGGGUGAUUAGUGGGCAGGGGUUGUUUACUAAAUACCGUAGGGUGUUAUUUUGUUAACACGCCACUGUUUGGAUCGGGAAUAUGUGCCUGAAAGAACAGGAAAUGAACUUUAAAGAUUUCUGUUGAUUGCCAUUACAGGUCCUCAAUCACUAUCACCCACUUUUGUGUUUGUUUGUAAAUGGCAAUAUGUUUACGUUGCGCACACUAAAAAAGGAAGCGGCUGAGUUGAAAGUCUAAACAGAAAUUGUAUUCUAAGAGAUUGCAUUGUACUUCAAAUGUGCCUCUGUGCAGAUCAUAUAACACUAUUUGCUUUUAAAAAUUUAAAACUGCUACUUUAUGACCUUCUGCAACGUCGUGUGAUAUUAGCUAAAGACUUCUAGAAAAUCCUCUGCUUCCUAUCCUGAGCAGAUAAUAAUUUCAUUAACAUAAUAGAUCACUGUCUCACGUUUGAGAGAAUUAGAAUAACAAGCCUCAGGCAUUAAAGUGAUAUAAUCGUUAAGAUUUGUCACUGGACUUUCUUUCAUCUUUGUGUGUAAAGCCUUUCUCGUUCUGCGGUGGUCACGGUGGUAGGCAGGUUGUGAUAAAAUGUGCACCUUAAAUCUUGUUUGAUGGCCCCUCAAAGGCGAACUGGCCUUCUGGAAAUAAUUUUGAAGGUUGAAGAGCACUGUAUUAACAGAUUUAAUGUAGCUAUUGAGAGAAUUGCAUUGGAGCACACCAUGUCAGAUUGAACCAAAUGAGAGGGACAAAUUGCACCUCAACAAACAGCAUGUGUUAAUAAUUGUGCUAUUAAUUACAGAUAAGUAAAAAAAAAAAAUGAAUUGUGUGUGAAGCAUUGUGUGCUUUUAGAAUUUGUUGCCGUAGGUCUCAUAUGUGUACUAAGUGCAGGCCAGUAUUGUGCAUCUUUAUAAAUAAAUGUUAAUGGAAUAUAAAAAGAAAAAAGUAUUAUUUCAUGUUAUUUUAAUUGAAAAGGUUUUGGUUUAAACGUAUAUUUUUAUAAUUUCUUUAGUGCGGUUAAAAUUAAUUUAUACAAACAGAAAAGAGGUUUAGAAAAGUGCCAUCAUUGUUCAGAAUUACACCACCAAACACUUUCAAAUGUCCAUCCAUUUUAUUUCAAAUGUGUGAUGCCUGUCUUAUCUAGAAUACAACACUUUUGAGGAGGCAUUUGUUGGCAGCCGUCAUUUUUUUCGGCCACGUAUAGAGACACAAGUGAAGUGUAGCAUUUUGUAAACUGUGCCUAAUUCCACUCACAUCUGUGUCCAAUUGUUGUCUGCAUCUACAUUCUUUGAGAGUGGAUUUAUUUUUCCUGGGCCACCAUGUGGAUUCAGCUGACCAGCUUAAGUGGGGAUUAGUUGUUUUAAAGUUAGAUUUUGAUUAAAGCAUUGUUUUUCAAAAGUUGUAACUCACAACACAUGGCUUACAUAGACUGUAAAAUUCAAAGGACUAUACCCUAUAAAAUGAAUGUCUAUUAAGGAUGACACAGGGAGUGGAGAACAGAAACAAACAAAGCAUUUUCUUUUAUUUCCAACAGUAAAAUGUAAUAUGCGUAAAUACUUUUAAACAAAUCAGUUUGCAGGUGAUAUAACACCUUCCAUAUAAAUUUGGUAACUAUUGGCUUAAUAGUAACAAAAUAUGUAACAAAGGUGAAGAAACGAUUUGUGUCGGGUCAGACAGCCUGCAUGCUGAGGUGAUCUAUGCUAAAAGCUUGGCUGUGGCUAUGUUUACCUUUGGAAACGCAGGUCUUGAAAUAAGUAAAGCGAAACAAAAGGGCCAGCAAACAACCGUGAGUGAAGCGUGUUGUGGCACUUCUUUUUUUUCCCCUCUUGAUGACACUUCCAGCUCUUCAUCUAGUCUGGCUUUGUUCUUGUUAGCUUCAAAGACCUGGCAGUUCAGGUUGAACUAAGAAGCACAUCAAAGAUGCUGAAUGCAGCCCUUUUUUUUAAACAAUAAAUAUUUAGCGGCGCAGAAGAAAGGUUUGCUUUUAAAUCCCUGCCCCCUCCCUUCUCCCCUCUCCCAUCUCCCCCACUCUGUUCACCUGGCCGGUUUCACCUGCUGGCAAUGGCUGAGACACCAGCAUGGUAAUGGCUUCAUUGGCCUGCUCUGCUGAACACAGAAACCAGCUACCACACACACACACACACACACACACACACAGACUCACACACACACACCACAUCUCCCCACCACUUCCCCCAACUCUGUGAUCGCUGUUAAUGUGCUGUGGCAAAAUGUGUUUCUCUUUCGUCUUUAUGGCUUUUACCUCUGUCGACUUUCUUUUCCAUUGAUAUUUUUGUAUUUUUUUACACCCCCUCUGCAUAUUUUAGUAUUGGGAAAUGCCAGGAGGAGGCACUGCUGUUGUCCGUAGCUCCUAAAGUGAGAAUGAAAUAUAAUGGGUUUUUUGCUAAGAUGGCUGUACCAUAAGCAGUGAGGGAGUUGGCAAAUUGUAAAGCUGGAAUGGUAUUCAUGCCUUGGUGUGAAGAGCAAAGCCUGUUGAAAAAGAAGAAGAAAAAAACUUAAGACCAUGCAGCUCAGGUUACCCUGGCUCAUGUAAACAGUCAGCCAUUAAAAAAUCAUGCCAGGAUUUUUGAAAAAAGACUUUGCAUGUCUUUUUCCUUUUUCCUGACCAGUUGAAUACCUUUGACCCUUUUUUGGACCCUGUAUUCCCAUGGUGGGCUGGAGUCAGGUCUAAUAUAGUGUUAUAGCCAUGCAAGUAUAUGGCUCUGCUUGAUGUUUGGAGAGAGACGAGCAGAGCGGGAGUGGACAGCAAAAUGUAACUGUCAGCUAAAGGAGAGUAAUAGAGGCAUUCGUAGCGUCAUAGGAAACAUAUGUGGCUCCAUAUGCUCUCCAUGUUCUUGUUUCCAGUCUCGUUCAUUGUCUGAGAUGCACCACUGAUCUGGGGGCCUCUAAAGUGCCCUGCAUGUGUGAGUGUGUGUAUAUAUAUAUAUGUAUAUGUGUGUGUGUGUGUGUGUGUGUGUGCAUUUGCACCACUGAGCUGGGGGCCUCUGAAGUGCCCUGUGCACAAGUGUGUAUGUGUGUGUACACAUGCAGACAUACAGGCAUGAGUUAUGUAUCUCUGUGUGCUAAAGAAGAAGACAUUUUUUAAAAAAAACUAAAAAGACGCAUGAGUUUUUGUGUUGCCAAAGAGAAAGAAAAGAUUUAUAUAAUGUCUGUGUGACUGUAUAUACUGUCCUCUUUCUGCCUUUCUGUAGGCUGUGAAGUUAGGAAGUUGUGUAUUUCUGUGCUGUGCCGUGGCCCCAGGCUGGGGCAGGCCCGCGGGAAGCAGCGCUGACGGUCAUUAGGACCUGUCAGUAUGCCAAGAGGGGGAGUGCUGAUAAAUUUCAGAUAGUGUCAAUUGCAGAUGAAAGAUCUGCUGAAGAUGCUAGGGGUGUCACGCUUGACUUGUCUUUGCUCAACAAGUCCCAUCUUCCUUCCAGCAGCAGGCUACCUCAGGCAGGAAAGCGGGCUGGCUCUCCCACCCUCUGCUGCCCCCCAGCCCCUGCUCUCCCCAACCCCUCACCCCUCUGCCUACCUUCACCCCCACAACCCCCCACCCCUUCCUGCUUACCUUGGCUAAGCCGCUUUGCAUGUUGAUUGGGGGAGGGCUAAUCCAGUUUGCAGCUGUCGUAGACCAAUGAUGAAUCACCUUUCCGUCAUUUGGCUGUGCUCCCCUUGCUCAGGGAGGAGGGAGGACCUGGAGGAGGAAACAACAGUGGAGUAGGGCUGCGGCUCGGAGAGAGACAAUGUGCGCCUCUGUUCCCCCGCGAGCCCUCUCUUCCCAUUCUGCUCCAGAAUCACAAUAAUGUUUUCUCAGACAAGCCUUUUUGUGUCGUGGAUGGCUCUGGACUGUGACAUCGAGCUGCAAUAACAAGGAGUGACAUUGUUUCUGCUUGGGGCAGGUGGAGGCAGAAUACAGAAAGGGAGUGUGGUUUGUGAGGACUCAAAGCCAUCUAGGUCCAGGUCUAUGGAAAUGCAGGAUCUAGCCAGUCCUCACAGCCGAGUAAGUGGAAGCAGUGAAUCUCCUAAUGGUCCCAACCUCGACAACUCCCACAUCAAUAACAAUUCCAUGACACCCAAUGGCACUGAAGGUGAUAACAUCACAAUGCUUACCACUGCAGACUGGUUGUUAGGUUCUAACUCACAGUCCGCUGCAGUUAAAACCGAGCCAAUGAGCAGCAGCGAAAUCGCCACCUCGGUAGCAGACACCUCUCUAGACAGCUUCUCAGGAUCAGCUAUUGGAACCAGUGGCUUCAGCCCAAGACAAACUCACCAGUUCUCUCCACAGAUUUACCCUUCCAACAGAACAUAUCCGCAUAUUCUUCCUACCCCUUCAUCCCAAAAUAUGGCUGCGUAUGGGCAGACGCAGUACACCACAGGAAUGCAGCAGGCCGCAGCUUAUGCUAGCUACCCCCAGCCUGGCCAGCCCUAUGGCAUCCCAGCCUAUGGUCCAUUGUGGGCAGGCAUAAAGACAGAAGGGGGUCUGAGCCAAUCCCAGUCCCCUGGACAGACGGGCUUCCUAAGCUACAGCUCCGGCUUCACCACGCCGCAGACAGGACAGGCCCCCUACAGUUACCAGAUGCAGGGUGGUACUUUCACAACAACGUCAGGAUUGUAUGCAGGAAACAACUCCCUGACGAACUCGACCGGCUUCAACAGCACACAACAGGAAUACCCCAGUUAUCCAGCCUUUGGCCAGGGGCAGUAUGCUCAGUAUUACAACAGCUCACCCUACACUUCACCCUACAUGACAAGUAACAACACCAGCCCCAGCACGCCCUCCACCACCACCACCUACACCCUCCAGGAGCCACCCACUGGCAUAACCAGCCAGGCCCUGACAGAGAACCCUGCAGCAGUAGAGUACAGUACCAUCCACAGUCCAUCAACCCCCAUUAAAGAUUCAGAUUCAGAUCGAUUGCGCCGGGCCUCGGAUGGAAAGUCACGUGGCCGGGGAAGAAGGAACAACAACCCAUCACCGCCGCCUGACUCCGACCUUGAGCGAGUUUUCAUCUGGGACCUGGAUGAAACAAUCAUCGUUUUCCAUUCCUUGCUUACGGGUUCUUAUGCCAACAGAUAUGGACGGGAUCCGCCAACAUCUGUAUCACUAGGCCUGAGGAUGGAAGAAAUGAUCUUCAACUUGGCCGACACACACUUAUUCUUUAACGACUUAGAGGAAUGUGACCAGGUUCAUAUUGACGAUGUAUCCUCCGAUGACAACGGGCAGGAUCUGAGUACGUAUAACUUCGGCGCUGACGGUUUCCACGCAGCGGCGACCAGUGCCAAUCUAUGUCUGGCCACAGGCGUGCGGGGAGGCGUGGAUUGGAUGAGAAAACUGGCCUUCCGCUACAGACGAGUAAAAGAAAUCUACACCACCUACAAAAAUAACGUCGGAGGUCUGCUGGGCCCAGCCAAAAGGGAAGCCUGGUUGCAAUUGCGAGCAGAAAUUGAAGCCUUGACGGACUCCUGGUUAACACUGGCACUGAAAGCACUAACAUUAAUCCACUCAAGGUCAAACUGUGUGAAUAUCCUGGUGACCACCACGCAGCUCAUCCCUGCCCUGGCUAAGGUCCUGCUCUACGGCUUGGGAAUAGUCUUUCCUAUUGAGAAUAUUUAUAGUGCAACCAAAAUAGGGAAGGAGAGCUGCUUCGAGAGAGUAAUUCAAAGGUUCGGGAGGAAAGUUGUUUACAUUGUUGUUGGAGAUGGUGUGGAAGAGGAGCAAGGCUCAAAAAAGCACAACAUGCCCUUCUGGAGGAUCUCCAGCCAUUCAGACCUCAUGGCCCUCCACCACGCUCUAGACCUGGAGUACUUGUAGCACUACACCACGAUCGUACGCCCAGCUCUGCCUCGGCACACCCUGCAACCUUUCACCUUCACCCUCCAGCCCCGUCCCACGCUUGCCGCAGACCCUGCAGCUCAGAAAAGGCCCCCCUGCGCUGCCUGGCGUCUGUCUUCCACUACACAGGAAGAAAGGAAGAGGAGAAUGGAAAAAAAAGGCUGAGCACACGGUUAAUGUGCUGACAUACGGUCACACUUCGUCUUAACCCUAAACUUUUUUUUUGUGUUGUUUUUUUUUUUUUUUUUGGAAGCGAAGGAGAGAGGUGAAUUUAUGGCGCUGCAGCUGCUUGCCCUGGUUACUGUGAAUUGGCUGCUUUCUGAAGCUGUCAAAGUGUUUUACGGCCCCCUGUUUGUUGCCGGGACUCUGUCAGGGUUCACACCUGUGAGGGGAGCAGAGCUACUGAUGGCCUCGCCUGCCUCGCCUCACCUCGCCACAGAACUCGGCUACAGUUAACCUACAGGCCCACGACUACUGGUGGUGACAUUUCUCCGUCCCUCUAGCUCUUCCCUUUGCUCUUCACCUCCCGUCUCUGUCUGUUCUUUAUCCGUCUACCUACUUUUUAGUCUCUCCCCCAUCAUGGGACGGACAGACAAAGCGACUGCUCCUCUGUUAACUGUCGGCCUGGGAGUCCUGUGCUUCUUAUUUAUGGACGGAGACUUUGUGAGUGGCACCGUGCCACUGAGAAGGUACCUCAAUGACAAAAGACUCGUGCCUUUUACAAAGUACUAUUGAUUUCCACCACAGCGAGAGGAAGACGUUUAUGGAAGAAACAAGAAAAUGGGGUUUUCUAAUAAUUUAAGAAAAUAAACAAAAAACUUUAUUUACAAUGCUGAGACAAUCGUGUAUAGAGGAUCUUUUUUUGUGUGUGUAAGUUUGUAAUCACUGGACUAUUCCUUCCUAUAUUCAUUUAGGUACGUGCUCUUGAAAGGUGGCAAUGCUUUUUCAUUGAAGUAAAAAAAAUAAUAAUAAAAGGCAUCCCAUCGCACAUAAGCUUGUGCGGCGCCUCAAAGUGUUGAUGUGUUCAAGUUUUGUUCAGUAAACAAAUAUGUAGAUAAUGGGAUUUUGUGAUAAAUCGUUUUGUCAAGACCAAAAGCAUGGAUGUCAAGUGUCAAUGACCUUUCAUUUGAUUCUGUGAUGUUUCUCGUCCUUACAGGAAACUUCAGUCACAUCUUUAUACAGCAUAACAGGUCUCCUCUACUGCAAGUCCUUUUUAGAUUUUAAAGGGAAAGAGGCAUUUGUUGUUUUUGUUUUUUUUAGUUAUUCAGAAAGGUAGCUCACAACUUGUGUCCUUACAGCAUUUCACCAGCUUGCAGCCCUGACCCCAUAUAUUUGGAAGCAAACUUAAUCCUGAUGAGGGUUUUCGGAUAUGGCAUGGAAGUGAGCGAACUCCUGAGAGCCAUUUUAUGAAACAAAUUUGAAUAAAUCUGAGAUUUAAAAAAAAAAAAAGAAGCAGGCUUGAAUAGGUUUUAUUAUCUUUUAUACAAGCGCUAUAACAACUCUUGUACAGCAAGCGUAAUUUUGUAUGAUGUAGUGUUUUUAUUUCAACUUUGAAAAUACAUUCUGUGUCCCUCUUUGGAAAUUGUUGAAACACGUGAAGCCCUUUUCAUAAUGCUUCUACAUCUGUGGAUGGGGAAACCAUAAUUAACGUUUAAAGAAAAAGCCACUAACUUCGAGGGGUUUGUGAACAUACAGGACAUGUGCUAUCGACUGUGAAUUUCUUAAACAGAGACUGAUUCGUUGCGUCUCUGAUUUUUCCCUCCUUUGCACAUGAUCACUGUUGGCCUUUACAUUUCAAUUUGGAUACCCCGCCCCGUCCCGACCCCCCCUCCACACACACACACCUCCCUCCAACCCCCAUCUUCUCAAAACAACUUCUUCCCCCACGCUCUUGGGGUAUCUACAUAUUGCUGCUAGAUCAAGGUAAUGGUAGGUAAAUAGAGGAAAUGUUUUAUAGAUUCAUACAGCACGCUUUUUUUUUUAUUAUGUUGCAAUCAUAAAUGCAAACUGGAAAUACUUUACACUACAUGGGCCUCAUUGUGAAACGCAAAAGAUUGUUGUGUCUGCAAAAUAUGUGUACAGAUGUUUUUGACAUUAUUAUUUGAUUGUGUUUAAAUUAAUAAAACUGAUUUGUGAACUGUUA